CGGGGGAGGGGAGGAGGGCAAGAUGGCGGUCGGUGAGUGAUUCUGCCUGGGUUCCUUCAGGCUUGAGGAGACGCCGGGGCGGGGGUCCCGCUCGUCCUGCCUGCUGGCCGUCUCUCCCCCGCCCCCGGAGGCCUCCUCCUUUCCUUCCUCCAACUUGGAGGCGGGCCAGCAUCCCCGGACACCAUGUCAGACUCUGAGGAGGAGAGCCAGGACCGGCAACUGAAAAUCGUCGUGCUGGGGGACGGCACCUCCGGGAAGACCUCCUUAGCUACGUGUUUUGCUCAAGAGACUUUUGGGAAACAGUACAAGCAGACUGUAGGACUGGAUUUCUUUUUGAGAAGGAUUACCUUACCAGGAAAUUUGAAUGUUACUCUUCAAGUUUGGGAUAUAGGAGGGCAGACAAUAGGUGGCAAGAUGUUGGAUAAAUACAUCUAUGGAGCACAGGGUAUUUCAUUGGUUACCUUCUCCAUGUCAGAACUGGGAGUGGACCUUUCCUUCCUCUGCAAGUUUCUGUGGGGAAUCCUCUUGGUCUAUGAUAUUACAAAUUAUCAAAGUUUUGAGAAUUUAGAAGAUUGGUAUUCUGUGGUGAAGACUGUGAGCGAAGAGUCGGAAACUCAGCCCCUGGUUGCUUUGGUGGGCAAUAAAAUUGACUUGGAGCAUAUGCGAACAGUAAAACCCGAUAAACACUUACGAUUUUGCCAGGAAAAUGGUUUUAGUAGCCACUUCGUUUCAGCCAAGACAGGAGACUCUGUCUUCCUGUGUUUUCAGAAAGUUGCUGCAGAAAUCCUGGGAAUCAAAUUAAACAAAGCAGAAAUAGAACAGUCACAGCGUAUUGUAAGGGCAGAAAUAGUCAAGUACCCGGAAGAAGAUAAUCAACACCCCAGCUCUUCUCAGAGUAGAGUCUGUUCAGUACAAUAGUGCAGAGGGUGGUGAAGGCAGAUAUUGUAAACUACAACCAGGAACCCAUGUCAAGAACUGUUAACCCACCUCGGAGUUCCAUGUGUGCAGUUCAGUGAAUACACACUGUGUUGAUAGUUUUGGUUUUCUUCCCCAGGAUUGGGCCCAGACUGUAAAGGAACAUGUUUUAUCAAUGACCAUUCUGUAGUCAGUUCAUACUUUCCUCUUGCUCUGCUCCUUCAUCCUUAAGUUGCCUCAUAGUAGCAGGCAGUUCCCUGGACUGGAAGGAAUUCGGCUUCGGGACCUCACAUUUUGAAAUCUGAAUGAAGAGAGUCCAUUCUCUGGACUGAAACUGCCUCUUCGCUCCAGAAGAACCAUGUGGCUUAUGUCCUUACUUCUUUUUUCCUAAAUACAAAAGAAUAUAAUCAGAUGUGAAGAUGUUCCAAGCUAUGAUCAUCAUUCUAUAUCUGAACUCAUGUAUGUGAAAGUCUACUUCAGAGUACUGAUGGUGACAGUUACUCAAGAAGGUGUUCCUUUGCUGGCUAUUAAGAGAAAAUAUACAAAGCUUCAUUUAAUUGAAAGUGCUUCAAAUGAGGCUGUAAUAGAAAUAUUUUUUCAUUUUUAAAAGGAGUUUAACUUGUUUAUAUUGUAGUUUAUAACUCACAAGUAGUAUUUGAUAUUGUAUUUUAUUACUGUAUCAUGGUCAUUGCAUAUUUUAUCAUAUUUGGCUUAGAUGCUUUAUGAAUUUUGAUAAAUGGUUCAGCUGAUUCUCCACAUGGAUCUCCUACAGACUGCAUGAGAAUGCUUUCAGAUGAGUCAUGGCAUCCUUGGAUCAUUGUGGAUCGAUCAUACUGUACCUGAUGUUCAGAUGUUUUCCUCUCAUAAAUAAAUUUAUUUAAAUUA